AAGAAAAAGUGCCAAAUGUAGAGAUUAUUAAAAUUUAACAAGAAAUUUUACAAAAAUAGACUCGAAAACUAUAUACGUAUAUAUGUAUAUGCAUAUAUGCAUGCAUGUAUGUAUAUACAUUGUACAUAUAAAACUUCCAUAAAUUUUCAUAGUAAUAGACUUCAAAUAAUCCUCGCUUUUUCACAAAUUUCUCAUUGUUAUUUCACCUUUUCGUUUCUACAAUUUGCAAAAGUGCCAAUACGUGCAAAUUGAUGUGCGAUGCAACACAAAAAUAAAAAGAAAUAAUAAUAAUAAUAAUAAUAAUAAUAAUAAUUUUCUUCCAAAACAAAAAAAAAUAAUGAAGAAUUUGAUGUUAUACGGUUACGUUAAAAAGAAAGAAAGAAAGAGAAUGAGUGAGUGAGAGAGAAAGAGAGACAGAAUUAGAGGUUAGAAUUCAAGGGCUUUUUAAAAAUGUUUAUAUAUAUAUAUAAAACGAAUUCGAACGUUUUACACUUAAAAAGCUUUUUUCGUAGCGAAGAGAAAUCGUAGCUUUGAUAUAUAUAUGUAUAUAUAUAUAUAUAUAUAUAUAUAUAUAUAUAUAUAUAUACACAAUAUAUGUAUAAACGUUGUCAUGUACGCGGCCAGCCAAAAUAAUUUACUCUCUCAAGUGUUAUUUCGUCGUAAAUAGAUAUAAUAAUAAGCGAGCUUCCUCAAAAUACUUCGAAUUGACUGAUUAAAUGGCGUCUCUUAAAUGACGUCAGCAAGGGCGAAGGUGACAAUGGCGGAGACUACAAUGGCGACGAUUAAGAACGACGAAAAUGAACGCUUACGAAAGAAAGAGAAAGAGAAUACAUUUGUUCUAUUUUUUUUCCCCUUUAUACUCUCUUUUUUCUUUCUUUCUUUUCUUUUCUUUUCUUUUUUUUAAUAAUUUUCCGAAAUAUGUUGAAUAAGAAAUACGUUUGCGAGAAAAAUGCGAAAAAACAAUUCGUGAAAUUUCUAUUUUAAUCGUGUGUCGGCCUACGGGAAGAUCUAAUCAACGAAUCAAGCUUUCUAAUGCGUAGAAAGAAAGGGAGAGAGAGAAAGAGAGAGAGAUAUAUACGCACAUGAUAUAUGAUAUAUAUAUAUACACACAUAUAUAUACACAUAUAUAAAAUAUACGUAUUUUGCUCGCUGUACUCAAACUCGCAUCAAAUCGAGCGUAAGAAAGAAGGAGAGAAAGAGAGAGUGACUAAUUUUCUUCCACAAGAAAGAAAGAAAGAAAGAAGAAAUGGCAACCUACUUCGCGUCAAAUGCACUUUUUAUAUUUUUUAUAGGUCACAUAGUGCAAAGAUCAAUCCCGAAGGAUAUUGAAAAUGUUCGGAUGAACGUUCGACAAGAACGCGUUGAAUAAGAAAACAACCAAAAAGAAAAACGAAAAGAAAAUGAAAAAGAAAAUAAUUAAAAAAAAAAGAGAAGAACAAAAGAAAAAAUAAGUGACACAAGAACGAUCGUCCUUCACGAAUUCAAAUUUUGCGCGUUUUUUCGAACGUUCUCCGGAAAUAAUUAUAAGGACUUAUAUUAUUAGUGAAUUAAAAGAACGCGAUCGGUGUAUACACGAAAACUAAAUAAAAGAAAAACAAAACAAACAAACGAACAAACGAUAAACAUAUUCUCACAUAUACAUACACAGAGUCAGAACGAAGACGUACACAGAUAGUAGGGACGGUAUUCGCGUAGUUUUUAAAAAAGAAAGUGGAAAAUGAUUAAAAAAAAAUGGAGAAAAGGAAAAAAAAGAAAGAAAGAAAGAAAGAAAAAAAGAAAGGAAGAAAGUCAUUUGAUCAAAAAUGAUCACAGGUAAACGUAUAGAUCUAUAUACUACAGUUAGUUAAAUAAUUAAUUAAUUCAUACAGCAAUUAUGUCUUAAUUAAUUAAUUAUUUAAUUAAUUAGUGCAACUAAUAAUUCCUUCGUGAUCGUUAGUACCGACAUACACGACACAUACAUGCAUUAUAUAUAUAUAUAUAUACAUAUAUAUAUAUAUAUUAUAUUCUCAACUUUGAUAAAUAUAUAGCACGUUGUAUAAGUCGUUAUUAAGCUAUCUGAGCCACGCCUCUCGAAUUUAUACGUUAUAUUUAUUAUAUACAUAUAUACAUGCAUAUAUAAAUAAAAAUCUCUUACCAAGAGAAGAUGGCGCUGCGAUUGAUUAGCAUCAAUGUCGAUAAUACAGCGCACAUUUCUUUCUUUCUUUCUUUUUUUCCUUUCUUUUUAUCUCUUUUAUUUCAAUUUCAUCCGUCAUUACUUUUUUCGAAGAAUAAGAAAUUAUAAUAAUAAUGAUAAUAAUAAAUUCUUUUCUUUCUGUUUUUUUUUUUUCAAAUUAUUGAUUUCAUCGAGAGAUGAAAAGUUAGUUUCUAUUAGUUAUUAGAAUUAAAAUUUCAUUUUUAUUACAUAUUUUCCACGAGGCACUCGGGCGUUUAUUUUUUUUUCCUCUCUUUCUUUUUAUUUUUUUCUUAUUAUUGUUGUUGUUGUUGUUGUUAUUAUUAUUAUUAUUAUUAUUAUUAUUAUUAUUAUUAUUAUUAUUAUUAUCAUUAUUUUUCUCGAUAAAUUUUCGUGCAAUAAUUUUACAAAAAUCGUAUAAUCGAGGUGUACUCUCUAUCCGUGACACCAUACGUAUAUAAGGGUGUGGCAAAUGUUUCUAAAUGAAUCAAAAAUUCCUAUUUAAUUUUUAAAAAUCAAUUUACUCUUUCUUCUGGCCUUUUUUAUGCUCGUUGUUAUACUUGCAAUUUUAUAAAUGGCGUUUGUAGUUUUUCCAUCUGAACAAAAUAAAACAAAAUAAAAAAGAAAACAAUUAGCCUUGAAAGUCUCGAAAAAGAGUAAUUGAUUUUUGAUAUCACCCAAAAAUUUUUGAUGCAUUUAUCAAACUUUUGAUGCAUUCCUUGUAUAUAUAUAACAUACAUAUAUAUGUGUACGUAAAAAAAGCAUUAGUAUGAGCGAAGGUAUAUAACACGAUCGUGUUUACGAGAAGAUAUAUCAACCAAUAGAAAGAGAGAGUGUGUGUGAGAGAGAGAGAGAGAGAGAGAGAGAGAGAGAGAGAGAGAGAAAGAGAGAAGAGAAUGGAAUUGCGUUGAACAAUGAUAUAUUUAUUUAUAGUAAAGAUAUUUUUAAUUUUUUCUUUUACUUUUUUUUUCUGCGAUAUUAUACUACAUGAUAAGAUAAGUGAUAAUUUUUAUUUACGAUAUUUACGAUUGCGUUUUUCUUUUCUUUCUUUCUUUCUUUUUUUCGCUCAUUCUCUUUUUUUUCCUUUUCCAUCUUCGCUUUUCUUUUCUUCUCCGUCUUUUACCGUCUCUUCUAUAUAUAUUUAACAUCAACUAUAAUUUCUAACGACGUGUAAUAUCUUUUCAUGUAUAACAUUUAUUAUUAUUACGGUAAUAUCAUAAUUGAUAAAUAAAAAGAGAUAUCCUAUAUAUAUAUAUAUAAAUAAAAAAAAAAACGCAAAAAAAAGAAAACAAAAAUCUAUCGAACAAAAUGUCUCCAACGAAUCUCCAUUUUAGGGCCAAAUCCGUCAAAACUCUUAAAAUUCUUUUACUCAAUCUGAAUGAAAGAUGUCUCCUGUAAUACGAUAAUACGUAUUUAUUUAAUAAUAAUAAUAAUAAAAAUAAGAAUAAUAUAAUGAUAAUGAUAAUGAUAAUAAUACUAUUGUAAUUGUAAACUGUGCGGAAAAUACAACGUCGUGACAAAAUUUCGAGACGACCAUCAAAUGAAA